GUCACAGUUGAGAAAGUAGAUGGAAGGUUAUUGCACCUUUACGUCAAUUUUCCUUUAAAAAUACGGACACUAAUAUUAAAAUAUAUGAAAAAAGUGUAACGAAUUAAAGUGAAAAAAACGUAAUAAUGGAAAACAACUUAGGAUUUGGCGAAACAGUCUUCACUUGUGACCAGUCUCCCGAGGCUUUCGAGUGCAAACACUGCAAUUUUACAACCUAUUUCAAGAUCAUUUUGCAUUACCACGAGCGAAAUUUACAUCAAAGUUUGGAUGAAAAAAUGACUCGUAAAGGCUUAGUACAAUACAAAUGCCACAAGUGUGAUUUUACAACUUUCUCCAUAUUAAUAUGUUUGAAACAUCAAUCUACAGCUUGCAAAGAAAUCUACAGAUUUAAAUGCAGCUAUUGUCCCUACAAAUCGGCGAAAAAAGCAACAGUCAACUGCCACAUCGUCAACAAACACACUCCACUUGAAAAAAUCAAAUGGUUUAAAUGUGAACAAUGCGACUAUAAAUCCAAAUUAAAAUCAUCAUUAGUAAGACACUCGAAUUUGAAACACACACUUGCUGAUGAUUUUCAAUGGUUGAGCUGCGAUUUGUGUAAUUACAAGACAAAACGACCAGAUCAUUUAAAGAGACACAAAAGUUACAACCAUUCAGUUCCCGAAAAUAAAACCAUUUACGGUUGUACGAGGUGUGCAUACAAAACUAAAGACCCAGAUUCUCUCAAACAACAUUUAAGUGAGCAUUCAAUCCAGGAAACUGAAAAAAUAUGGUUGCAAUGUGACGAAUGCGACUAUAGAACCAAAUUAAAACCAUCACUAACAAGACAUAUCAACCUAAAACACACACUCACUCCCAAUUCUCAAUUAAUUAGCUGCGAUUUAUGCAAUUACAAAACAACCCGGGAAAAGAAUUUGAAACGACACAAAAGCUACAACCAUUCAGCCCCCGAAAAUGCAAUCAUAUAUGGAUGCACGGAAUGUUCAUUCAAAACAAAACAUGCAACGAAUAUAAAACAUCACCAAAUGAGAGAACACGAGACAUGUCCUGAAGACAUAUGGCUACAGUGUGAACAAUGCGAGUUUAGAACCAAAAUAAAAUAUUUAUUAACGAAACAUUUCAAGCUAAAACACACAAUUAUUGACGAGUCUAAAUGGGUUUGUUGUGAUAUGUGCAACUAUAAAACAGAUCGCGAAAACAAUCUAAAAAGACACAAACGCUACAACCAUUCAGCCCCCGAAGACACACUCAAAUACGAAUGUACGAUAUGCCCGUUUAAAACGAAACAUUCAACCGUCCUCAAAUGUCACAUGAUUAGACAGCACACGGCCGCAGACGACGCCCAAUGGUAUAAAUGUGACCAAUGUAACUACCAAACGAAAAUCACAUCGGAUUUGAAAUCGCAUAUUAGGUUAAGACACAUUAGAGAGGAUGAGGGUGGGAGGCGACGCAAAAAAGUACAUUAUGCUGAUAGUAUCCCUAGGAAUUUCAUGUGUAAUCUUUGCCCUUAUAAAACAACAGGUGAGGUGGCUUUGGAGAAACAUCUCGCUGUAAGACACCCUUCAGGGAAAUUAUUGCUCGAGUGUCCUCAUUGUUUUUUUACGACGAGGUUUAAAACAUUUCUCAAUCAACAUAUUAUAAGGCAGCAUGCUGAUCCUGAAAAAAUCAAGUGGUUUGAAUGUGAUCGAUGUGAUUACAAAGGAAAGUUUAAGCAUUACUUGAUCAGACAUAUGAAGAUUCAUGACAGUGAUGAGACUAAGAUGUUUAAGUGUGAUUUAUGUGAGUACAAGUCAAAGAGGAAGGAGAAUGUUAAAAGGCAUAAGUAUUCUGUGCAUUUAAUAAAAAACGAACUGUCCUGAAUUAUUGUUAAUUGUAAAUUUGUGGUUCAGUAUUUAUCAUGUUGUAGGUAAUUUUUUAUAAAUAAAUUUAUGAAUAGAC